AUGGACCUGCUAACAUUUGAUAAGGAGAACCGUGACCGUAUCAAGGCAGUGGAGAGCUGCUUUGGUCCUAGAGGGAGGUCCCUGUCUAAGCCGGGUCGGAUUCUGAUGGGAGAGGGUCAUCUGAUGAAGCAGGGUCGUAGGAAACCACAGCUGAAGGCCUUCUUCCUCUUCAAUGAUGUUCUGAUGUACAGCAGCAUCAUUCUCAAUGGCCGUUGGCAUAAAAAACGGCAAAUUAUUCCUCUUGAGGACAUCCAGCUGGAGGACAUGGAGGAUGGUAAGAUGAAGAACCAGUGGCUGAUCCGUACACCACCCAAGUCCUUCUUUGUGGCCGCCCCUUCACUGGAGGAGAAGCGGGCUUGGAUGGAGCACAUUGAAAGGUGUCGUUCUGAUCUGCUGCGGGGCAGCAACACCCAAUCUGGGUCUGCCUUUGCUGUUUCCUGGAUCCCAGACCACGCCUCCUACAAAUGCAUGCGCUGCUUAAAUAAGUUCACCCCAACCAACCGUCGACACCACUGCCGUAAAUGUGGCUUCCUGGUCUGCAAUUCAUGCUCCAAGCUCCGAGCAGUGAUUGAACACAUUCACCUCACCAAGCGGUUGAGAGUUUGCAAGCUCUGCUACGCGAGCAAUGAGGAAGAGGCUGAGGAGAGAGCUCGCUUGAGGGGAGGCAGCACUGAAAAGCCCAACCCAGAGGAGCUCAGAGAAGAUUUUGUAGCAUCCAGUGAUGCAGAAGAGGUGGAAGAGGAACUGCAGUUCAUCGCUCCCAGCAGGUGGCUGGAUUCCCAGGUGGGCACCUGGGGUCAGACGGGCACCUAUGUAUACCUGAAAUCAACACAGCCUUAG